GAGUCCUCUCUCUUAAACUUAAUAACCUACAGGGCGCAGUCAAUCCAUCCGGCGAAGGACGGCUGGAUUCACAACCUGCAGUUGCUGAUGGAGAGAUUCUUCAGGAAUGAAUCCCGCAGUGCCGUUCGCAUCAAGGUGCUAGAUGUCCUGUCCUUCGUGCUGCUCAUCAACAGGCAGUUCUAUGAGGAGGAGCUGAUCAGCUCAGUGGUCAUCUCCCAGCUCUCCCACGUCCCCGAGGACAAAGACCCCCAAGUCCGGAAACUGGCCACCCAGUUGCUGGUGGACCUGGCCGAAGGCUGUCAUACCCACCACUUCAACAGCCUGCUGGACAUUGUGGAAAAGGUGAUUGCCCGCUCCCUUUCUCCACCCCCUGAGCUGGAGGAGAGAGAUGUGGCGGCGUACUCAGCCUCCUUAGAGGAUGUGAAGACCGCCGUCUUGGGGCUCCUGGUCAUCCUUCAGACCAAGCUGUAUGCCUUGCCUGCCAGCCACGCGGUGCGUGUGUAUGAGACGCUCGUCAGCCACAUGGAGCUGCACUACAGGCACGACUAUGCCCUGCCCAUCGCAAGCAGCAUCCGGCUGCAGGCCUUCGACUUCCUGCUGUUGCUGAGGGCCGACUCGCUGCACCGCCUCGGCCUGCCCAGCAAGGAUGGGGCCGUGAGGUUCAGCCCUUACUGUGUCUGCGACGCCAUGGAGCCGGAGAGGGGCCCGGAGAAGAAGGCCAGCGGCCCCCUGUCGCCUCCCACCGGGCCGCCUGGCCCCGCGCCUGCAGGCCCCGCGGUGCGGCUCGGCUCUCUGCCCUACUCCCUGCUCUUCCGCGUCCUCCUGCAGUGCUUGAAGCAGGAGGCGGACUGGAAGGUGCUGAAGCUCGUGCUCAGCAAGCUGCCCGAGUCCCUGCGCUACAAGGUGCUCAUCUUCACGUCUCCGUGCAGCGUCGACCAGCUGUCUUCCGCCCUCUGCUCCGUGCUUUCAGGUCCCAGAACCCUGGAGCGGCUUCGAGGCACCCCAGAAGGGUUCUCCAGAACCGACCUGCAUCUGGCUGUGGUUCCCGUGCUGACGGCGCUGAUCUCUUACCAUAAUUACUUGGACAAAACCAGACAGCGGGAGAUGGUGUACUGCCUGGAGCAAGGCCUGAUCUACCGCUGUGCUAGCCAGUGCGUCGUGGCGCUGGCCAUCUGCAGCGUGGAGAUGCCCGACAUCAUCAUCAAGGCGCUUCCCGUCCUGGUCGUGAAGCUCACGCACAUCUCAGCCACGGCCAGCAUGGCCAUUCCACUCCUCGAGUUCCUGUCAACUCUGGCCCGGCUGCCCCACCUCUACCGGAACUUCGCAGCUGAGCAGUACGCGAGCGUCUUUGCCAUUUCCCUGCCUUACACCAAUCCCUCCAAGUUUAAUCAGUACAUCGUGUGCCUGGCCCAUCACGUUAUAGCCAUGUGGUUCAUUAGAUGCCGCCUGCCCUUCCGGAAGGAUUUUGUUCCCUUUAUCACUAAGGGCCUGCGUUCCAACGUCCUCCUGCCCUUCGAUGACACCCCUGAGAAGGACAGCUUCAGAGCUCGAAGCACCAGUCUCAACGAGAGGCCCAAGAGUUUGAGGAUAGCCAGACCCCCCAAACAAGGCUUGAAUAACUCUCCACCCGUGAAAGAAUUCAAGGAGAGCCCUGCAGCCGAGGCCUUCCGGUGCCGCAGCAUCAGUGUGUCUGAACAUGUGGUCCGCAGGAUCCAGACGUCCCUCACCAGCGCCAGCUUGGGGUCUGCAGACGAGAAUUCGAUGGCCCAGGCUGAUGACAACUUGAAAAAUCUCCACCUGGAGCUCACGGAAACAUGUCUGGACAUGAUGGCCAGAUACGUGUUCUCCAACUUCACAGCGGUUCCCAAGAGGUCGCCUGUGGGCGAGUUCCUCUUGGCUGGCGGCAGGACCAAAACCUGGCUGGUUGGGAACAAGCUUGUUACCGUGACAACAAGCGUGGGGACUGGGACCCGGUCGCUGCUGGGCUUGGACUCAGGAGAGCUGCAGGGUGGCCCCGAGUCGAGCUCGGACCCUGGCACGCACGUGAGACAGACCAAGGAGGCGCCUGCCAAGCUGGAGUCCCAGGCUGGGCAGCAGGUGUGCCGUAGGGCCCGGGACCGGGUCCGCUCCAUGUCCGGGGGCCACGGCCUUCGUGUUGGUGCCCUGGACACUCCAGCUUCCCACUUCCCAGGUGGCCCCACCUCCCCGGGUGCACAGACAGCACUCGCCAGCAAGUCUGAGAGGGCGUCAGCUGGUACCCAGUUCCCAGUACAGGAGAAGACGAGCCUGGCAGCCUACGUCCCCCUGCUGACUCAGGGCUGGGCAGAGAUCCUGGUCCGGAGGCCCACAGGGAACACCAGCUGGCUGAUGAGCCUGGAGAACCCACUCAGCCCCUUCUCCUCGGACAUCAACAACAUGCCCCUGCAGGAGCUCUCCAACGCGCUCAUGGCCGCCGAGCGCUUUAAGGAGCGUCGCGACACAGCUCUGUACAAGUCGCUGUCGGUGCCGGCGGCGGGCUCAGCCAAGCCCCCCCCGCCCCCGCGGUCUAACACGGACUCGGCGGUGGUUCUGGAGGAGGGGAGCCCGAGCGAGACUCAUUUGUCCGCGGAGCCCAUGGAGUUGGAGGACUUUGAGGCGACGCUAGGCACAGACCAGCGCAGUGACCGCGCUGAGGCUUACAGCAGGUCAUCUUCAAGCUCCAGCCAAGAGGAGAAGUUCCCUGCAGAGGAGCUGGCGGCUCGAGGAAUCCCCAUCGAGCGGGCUGUCUCUUCCGAGGGCGCCCGGCCUUCUGUGGAGCUCUCCUUCCAGCCCUCCCAGCCCCUCAGCAAGUCCAGCUCCUCGCCUGAGCUGCAGACCCUGCAGGACAUACUUGGGGACCCUGGGGACAAGACUGAUGUUGGCCGGCUGAGCCCUGAGGCCAAGGCCCGGUCCCAGUCCGGGAUCCUGGACGGGGCAGGUGCCUCCUGGUCAGCCCCAGGCGAAGAGAGCCAGGGCCGGGGCCCCGCGCAGCCCGAGGGUCCCUUGCCUUCCAGCUGCCCCCGCUCCCCCAGUGGCCUGCGGCCCAGAGGCUACACCAUCUCUGAUUCGGCCCCAUCACGCAGAGGCAAGAGGGUAGAGAGGGACGCCUUCAAGAGCAGAGCUGGGGCCUCCAAUACUGAAAAGGUGCCAGGCAUCAAUCCCAGCUUUGUAUUCCUGCAGCUCUACCAUUCGCCUUUCUUUGGUGACGAGUCCAACAAGCCCAUCCUUCUACCCAAUGAGUCCUUCGAGCGGUCAGUGCAGCUUCUCGACCAGAUUCCAUCCUACGACACGCACAAGAUUGCCGUCCUGUACGUGGGAGAAGGCCAGAGCGACAGUGAGCUGGCCAUCCUGUCCAACGAGCACGGCUCGUACAGGUACACGGAGUUCCUGACCGGCCUGGGCAAGCUCAUCGAGCUGAAGGACUGCCAGCCCGACAAGGUGUACCUGGGGGGUCUGGAUGUGUGUGGGGAGGACGGCCAGUUCACCUACUGCUGGCACGACGACAUCAUGCAAGCUGUCUUCCACAUUGCCACCCUGAUGCCCACCAAGGAUGUGGACAAGCACCGCUGUGACAAGAAGCGUCAUCUGGGCAACGACUUCGUGUCCAUUGUGUACAACGACUCUGGCGAGGACUUUAAACUGGGUACCAUCAGAGGCCAGUUCAACUUCGUCCAUGUCAUCAUCACCCCCCUGGACUACGAGUGCAACCUGGUGACCCUGCAGUGCAGGAAAGACAUGGAGGGUCUCGUGGACACCAGCGUGGCCAAGAUCGUGUCAGACCGCAACUUGCCUUUUGUGGCCCGUCAGAUGGCUCUGCACGCAAACAUGGCCUCACAGGUACAUCACAGCCGCUCCAACCCCACCGACAUCUACCCCUCCAAGUGGAUCGCCAGGCUCCGCCACAUCAAGCGGCUCCGCCACCGGAUCCGGGAGGAAGCUCACUACUCCAACCCCAGCCUGCCCCUGAUGCAGAUGCACCCCCCGGGCCACGCCAAAGCCCCUGCUCAGGCACCGGCAGAGCCCAUGCCCACAUAUGAGACGGGCCAGCGGAAGCGCCUCAUCUCCUCGGUGGAUGACUUCACGGAGUUCGUGUGAGGCUGCCCCUCGCGGACGUGUGCGCAUGAAAUAAAGCCGCAGUGCCUCCUGGCCCGCGUGGCUCA